AUGAAGAGUUCAAGUGAAGCAUGCAGCGCUGCAAUGGAGCCACAGUCGGCUUCACUCAGUCCCUCUCUGCCGUCUUCAUCUGUAUCUACAAAACCUGGCCAAAGCCACUUCAGGAGAAUCAGCCAAACAGAGGACGGGAGCCCUUAUCCAAUCCAAGGUCUAGUAGCAGACACUCUGUAUAUGAGAGUGAAAGGAGGAAGCAAGAUCUGCAAUUUACUGAGGUUUGUGACAGCUCGCAUGCAAGGAGAGAGUAGAGAUGAUAGUGGGAAGUUGCUGAGGCAAGUGGUUUUCACUGGCUCGGGUAGAGCAGUCACCAAGACCAUCACCUGUGUGGAGAUCCUAAAACGUAAAGUGGGAGGACUGCACCAGGUGUCCAAACUCUACUACAAGACAGUGAUGGAGGUUUGGGCGAAUCCACAACAGGGAGCAGCAGGUACAACCACACAGAGAACAGUUCCUGCCAUCUGUAUCCUGCUCUCCAAAGACCCACUGGACCCCCAGGACCCAGGAUAUCAACCUCCACAAAACCACACAGAGAGACAGAGAGCUCUGCAGGAGGACUGGAGUGCAUGGUCCCAGCUUCCCUAACCAAAGUCUAACUGUAUAUCAUGAAAUAUCAGAAAUGUGUUAUUUAUGAGGUGAUCAGAGGAUUAUUUCAUUGUACCUUUUAGCAGCUUCAGAUUUGUGCAGAUCCCAUACAUCAAGUGUAAAUAAAAUGUGGAUAAAGUCUUCCGGUUUGUCAAAUAAAGGAACCCUGGAGGUAAGAAUAUAGUGAAUAGACACCAGGGGGCGAGUCCAUUGGUUCCAAAUAAGAGCUCCAUUUGAAUGGAAUUCUUUUUCCUUCUAACUUGAUUUACAUCAGUAACCAUUUUAUUGCAGUGGUUUUCUCAAUUGCCAUUUUGGGGCCUUCAUCAAUAAAACAUGAUGUCACUUUUGUAAAUUAGUUUUAAGUUAAAUAAUAG